AUGCGGGUCCUUGCCCUGCUCCCGCUCAUCCUCCUGGCCCUGCUGCCCCCAGCCAGUGCUACCAACCCAGGCCAGCCGUGCUCGUUGGAGAUGAACAAGGUCAAGGACCUCCUGGAGGCGAACUGCUCAGGGCAGGCUCUCAGCGCGGUGCCCCCAGACCUGCCCGCUGACACGGGCAUCCUGCUGCUCAACGCCAACCGCAACGCGCUGGGGGCCCUGCCUGCGCUGCAGGGCCUGCCCAAGCUCACCCGCCUGGCCGUGGCCCACAACAGCCUGGACACGCUGGCCCCAGGGGCUUUCCGUGCUGUGCCAGGGCUGCAGGACCUGGACCUGCGAGGGAACCGGCUGCGGACGCUGCCCCAGGAGGCAUUUGCAGGGCUGGAGGCACUCAAGGACUUGGACCUCUCGGACAACCUCCUGGAGGAGCUCCCCAAGGAGCUGCUGCAGGAUCUGGGAAAGCUGGAGACCUUCUGGCUCUCGGGGAACCGCCUGCGGACCCUGCCUACCGGCUUCUUCCCUGAGGGGCACUUCUUCGCAUACGUCUUCCUCACUGAGAACCCCUGGCACUGCGACUGCGACCUGCUCUACCUGCGGAAGUGGAUCCUGCAGAACAGCGACAGUGUCUAUCAGCCGGAGCGGGGCCUGGAGAAGACAAAGGUGGAGGUCGCCCCUGAGAAGGUGGUGUGCCACAGCCCCCCUGAGCAUUUGCUGAGGCCCAUCAUCAACUUCAAGCCCAACUGUGGCAAUGUGGGGGACGCGGAUGAGGAGGAAGAGGAUGAAUACGGUGACGGGGAAGAAACAAUGGCAAAAGCUCCCAUGGCCACCUUCUCUCCACAUCUGUCCAUCCCCAAAGAGCACACUGCCACGCCCAGUGCUGUUACCUGGCCUCCCCUCACCACCCCUUGUAGCUCCACUCUUGCCCCAAGCACUUCGCUCGCAACGCCUGCAAGCACCAGCGCUCCCACCAGCAGCAGCCCUGCGUUAGCCUGUCCCACCAUCAGACCCACUGCCGUUGUCACUGUGGCUCCCGACAGCACCCCGCACAGACACACCACCCUCGUCUCCACCACCUCACCGCCAACCGCUACGAGUACCAGACCUCCCACCACCAGCAGCCAUCCGCAAACCACCCUUGCCACCAGCACUACCAACACCCAUUCCACUCUCCAGGUGUCCACUGGUGUGUUUUCCACCGCCUCCACGGCAGUGCCUUCUACUGCCAUGCUCGAGGCCUCUUCCAUUGCCAGCUCUUCAUCUCCUCCUCCAACGACGACCACACCGAUUGUCUCCACCACCAUGCUUUCCACUGGUGCCCCAACGCCGCCAGCUCCCCUGGACACCACACGCUUCACCCAGCCUGCGCCUUCCCCUCCACCGGCACCUCUCCCCCACUGCCCCUGCUCCCCCUCAGAGAUGGUCGUACCCAUGCUGCGCUCGCGGGCAGGUGGGGAGGGUCCUCAGUGGGGGCAGUGGGUGCUGAGGCAUUGCUGCCUGUUGCACUGGGUGCUCUACCUGGCCUCUUUGGUUCUGCUGGUCCUGGCCACACUCGCUCUAGCAGGCUGGCUGGUGUGGAUGUGUCUGGUGGGACGGCCCUCCUGGCGCAAGUCCCUGCAGACCCAAGCGGUGCAGUGGCCGCUGCUGAGGAUGGGGGAGUCACCAGGAAGCCCUGCAAUCCAUCUCAGCAGCUUCAACAGCCCCCUCCAGCGCCCCACAUUCUGUACCAUCAAGGAAGUAGAGUUGUGCCCUGAGGUCACCUACUGCACUAUUAAAGACCUGGGGCUACAGUGCAGUCCUCCUGCAAGUUCCUCCUUCUGCACCACAAAGGAGCUGUGGGUCCACCAUAAUCCUCUGAACACUUCGUUCAAGUCUUUCUCCAGGAAGCUGACGGUCCCAAACCUCAGCUCCCUGAGGAUGCCUUCGGCUUACAGCCUGGACAGGGGUGUCCGGGCCAUCGGUGAUGUCAGAGUGAAAUAUGCUGGCAACACCUUGUAA